GUAAUCCACUGGCUUCGGACUCCCAAAGUGCUGGGAUUACAGACGUGAGCCAUGGUGCCUGGCCUAACCCUGUAAUCUUGUCUUGGUCUUUCCAGUGUCCAGCCCAUACCGUGAAGCUAUCUAGCGGCCUUCAGCCACCAGUUAGUCUCACUGACGUACAAAAAGAUACUUAUCACCUCACAGAUUUCAAGUGAGCUCUUUUCAGGAAAAGGGAUGAAGAUCAAAUCUGUAUGUACCAUGAUCACAGCCUGGAUGUGUCAGUCUGCUUACUUGAAUUGAACCUAUUCUUACAGCUCUCUCCUCUUCUCGUUUUAUGUGAAGAUUCAAAUUUGCCUCAUAGUCACUUGGUGAAAUGUGUUUUUCAUUUUAGGGACAGUUGACAUUCAAGGAUGUGGCCAUAGAAUUCUCUCAGGAGGAGUGGACAUGCCUGGACCCUGCUCAGAAGACUUUGUACAGGGACGUCAUGUUGGAGAACUACAGGAACCUGGUCUCACUGGAUAUCUCUUGUAAAUGUGUAAACAAGGAUCUGCCACCAAAGGGGAAGAAGAGUAUGGGAGAAGCAUUCCACAUGGUGAAGCUGGAGAGACUUGAAAGCUGUGAUGAAGCCCUGUCCUUCGAGGAAGUUCAGAAAAAUACAUAUGACUUUGAGUGGCAGUGGAAAGAUGAUGAAGGAAAUUACAAAAGAGUACUUAUGUUGCAAAAAGAAAAUCUCCCUGGUAGAAGAGAUCAACAUGAUAGAAGGGCUGCAGGAAACAAGCUUAUUGAAAAUCAGUUUGGAGUAAGUUUUCAGUCACAUCUGCCUGAACUGCAGCAAUUUCAAGGUGAAGGGAAAAUUUAUGAAUACAAUCAAGUUGAGAAGUCUCUUAAUAAUCGGGGAAAACAUUAUAAAUGUGAUGAAUGUGGCAAGGUCUUCAAUCAAAACUCACGGCUAACAAGUCAUAAGAGAAUUCAUACUGGAGAGAAGCCUUACCAGUGUAAUGAGUGUGGCAAAGCCUUUACUGUUCGUUCAAACCUAACUAUCCAUCAGGUAAUCCAUACUGGAGAAAAACCUUACAAAUGUCAUGAAUGUGGAAAGGUCUUCAGCCAACCUUCAAACCUUGCAGGUCAUCAGAGAAUUCAUACUGGAGAGAAACCUUACAAGUGUAAUGAGUGUGGCAAAGCCUUUAGAGCACAUUCAAAACUAACUACACAUCAGGUUAUCCAUACUGGAGAAAAACCUUACAAAUGUAAGGAAUGUGGCAAGUGCUUCACUCAAAAUUCACACCUUGCAAGUCAUCGAAGAAUUCAUACUGGAAAACCUUACAAGUGUAAUGAGUGUGGCAAAGCCUUUAGUGUUCGCUCAAGCCUAACUACCCAUCAGACAAUCCACACUGGAGAAAAACCUUACAAAUGUAAUGAGUGUGGCAAGGUCUUCAGGCACAAUUCAUACCUUGCAAAGCAUCGGCGAAUUCAUACUGGUGAGAAACCUUACAAGUGCAGUAAGUGUGGGAAAGCCUUCAGUAUGCAUUCAAACUUAACUAAGCAUCAGAUCAUCCAUACCGGAGAAAAACCUUUCAAAUGUAAUGAAUGCGUCAAGGUUUUCACUCAGUAUUCACACUUAGCAAAUCAUCAAAGAAUUCAUACUGGAGAGAAACCUUACAGGUGUGAUGAGUGCGGCAAAGCCUUUAGUGUGCGAUCAAGCCUAACUACCCAUCAGGCAAUUCAUACUGGAGAAAAGCCUUACAAAUGUAAUGACUGUGGUAAGGUCUUCACACAAAAUUCACACCUUGCAAGUCAUCAGGGAAUUCAUUCUGGAGCAAAACCUUACAAGUGUGGUGAAUGUGGUAAAGCCUUCAGUCAAACAUCACAACUUGCAAGGCACUGGAGAGUUCAUACUGGAGAAAAACCUUACAAGUGUAAUGAGUGUGGCAAAGCCUUUAGUGUUCAUUCAAGCCUAACUAUCCAUCAGACAAUACAUACUGGACAAAAACCGUACAAAUGUAAUGAUUGCGGCAAGGUCUUCAGGCACAGUUCAUACCUUGCAGUUCAUCAGAGAAUUCACACUGGUGAGAAACCUUACAAGUGUAAUGAGUGUGGCAAAGCAUUUAGUGUACAUUCAAACCUAACUACCCAUCAGGUCAUCCACACUGGAGAAAAACCUUACAAAUGUAACGAAUGUGGCAAGGUCUUCACUCAAAAUUCACAUCUUGCAAAUCAUAGAAGAAUUCACACUGGAGAAAAACCUUACAGGUGUAAUGAGUGUGGGAAAGCCUUUAGUGUUCGCUCAACCCUAACUACCCAUAUGGCAAUCCAUACUGGAGACAAACCUUACAAAUGUAACGAAUGUGGCAAAGUCUUCACUCAAAAUUCAAACCUUGCAAAACAUCGAAGAAUUCAUAGUGGAUAGAAACCUUACAAAGGAUGCCAGGAAUUCCUGGAUCCAAUCGCUGUGCCUCGUGAAUCCUCCACGAAGAUCCUAGCUCCCAGGCCGAGAUCCCCGAAUCCCAGAUCCCCGUUUCUGAGCUGCAGGAGACUCCCUAGCAGAAUUGGGUCCAACCCGCCGGCAAACAAUUUUAACAUAAACCGUUUUCAACUUGUCCUCACCCACGAGGUGGAUUCUCGCCGUGGGCACCUCCCAGCCUUGCCCUCGUCGGACCGUGGAGCGCAGCGCCGCAGCCCCAGUCCGGGGAAGGCCGCGUCCUCUGCCUUGUCCUGGGAUCCUGUAGACGCCACUCCUCUCCCUAAGGCACCGUCGCGCCCACCUCCCUCCUCCUCGUGCCGGGCCCUGCUGCUCCCCAGUCCUCGCCUUCGCAGUCACCGCUUCCCCUGA